AUGCACAUAAAUAAGAGUGGCAUAAAUGCAAUGGGGGAACAAAAUACAAUAGAAAAUAAUAAAAUUAUAAAAAACAAAAAACAAACUCCUAGAAAGCAAAUGAAAUAUUUAGCAUAUGUAAACAAUGAAAGUAUAUGUAAUUUUUAUUCUUCCCCUUGCCAUUUUGUAUAUUUGAUGAGACAAACAGAUAACCAAACUAAAUGUACUGAAAAUGAUGGAAUUAAAAAGAAAUACAAUUUAGUUCGUUUUGUAAGCUUAACCGGACUGACAAAUGUAAAUAAAUCAGCUAGCCAAAUGUUAUAUAAUGACAAUAUUGUAGAGAGGCAUCCCCCCAAAGCCGCAUCUACAACAAACCCCUAUGUGCCUCAUAUAUAUACCGAUAAAAAAAAGAGAAAAGGAAUUUUGAAAAAUGAAAAAUGGAAUAAAAAAGAAAAAAAAACUGUUCGUAUAAAUCUACGUUCUGAUAAUAGUGAUGAUAAAAUUGGGGAAUGUUUUAUAUCGACAGAUAAAAAGGAAAUAAAUAAAUACGAGAUAAUGAGUACUGGUAGUUUACCAGAAAUAAAUUCUAAAUCAUGCAAUAAAAAUAGGAGUAUUAUAAACCCUUGUGAAAGCCGAAGAAUAAUUAGUAAUAAUAGUUAUGGUGACGAUUUUACUUAUAGUGAUUUAGAUGCAUAUAUGGGUGAAUAUAUGGAUAAUAUCGAAAGUGAUUCGUCAAUUGUUCCAUUUGAUUUAGAACCCAUACAUUUAGCUAGUAAUGAUGGUAACAUAGAAAUAAUAAAAUAUUUGUUAGCAUCUGGAAUAGAUAUAAACAGUAAAACAAAAAUAAGAAAAUAUACACCAUUACAUAUAUGUGCAUCUAAAGGAGAUAUAAAUACAGUAAAAUUUUUAGUAGAUAAUAAUGCAGACAUAAAUGCAUUGUCAUAUAAUAAUGAAACAGCAUUGUGGUGUGCAUCUAUAUCGAACCAUUUAGAUGUAUGUAAAUAUUUAUUACAAAAUGGGGCAUUAUUAUAUUUAAAUAAAAAAGGAGAUUCAGUAUUACAUGCUGCAUCAACUAUGGGGAAUUAUGAAAUUGUAAAAUUAUUAAUAGAUAAUUCAGCUAACAUUAAACAUUUAGAUGCAAAUUUAUUAGAACCCAUACAUUAUGCAUCUUUUGAAGGACAUAAAGGAGUUGUAAAAAUAUUAAUGUGUAAACAAAUCGAACAAAGCUUAAAAGAAAUAAUGGAUAAAAUUAUAUAUAAUAUGAAAAAAUAUAAUGUAUAUACAAAAAAUUUAGAAACGUAUUAUUAUUUUAAAUAUAAAUCCAUUGUUAAAAAAAAAAUAAUAAGUAAAAUAUUAUGUUGUGCUAUCACUUCAGGGAACUAUAAACUAGUAAAUUUUAUUUUAAAAAGAGGAGCAAAUGUAAAUUAUUUUGAUAUACGUUUACAAUUAUUUCCAAUACAUGCUGCUGCAGUAGCUGGGAAUAUAAAAAUAUUUAAAGCUCUAUUUCAUAAAGGAGCAAAUAUAUAUGUUAAAACCCCUUGUAAUAAUUUAGCUAUAAAUUUAGUUGAACAUAUAGAAUUAAGGCAAUAUAUUUUACGACAAUCUCGUAAAAUAAAUCUAAGAAAUGCUUGGAUAAUACGAAAUAAAAAAUCAAAUCAUAUAUUAUCACGUUUAUCAUAUGAUACCUUUUAUCAUGUGUGUUUAUUUUUCUAA